UCUACUUAGAAGGUUUCCCAGAAAAGUAAGAUGUGGCGACAUUUAGUUUUAUUUGAGUUCAUUGCCAUCAACCUUUUUCUGAUGACUUUUUUUCCAUCACUACUCAUCAUCUUUUAUCAGGAUGAGCAAAUUAAAGCCCCUUGCCAUAAGAAAAGUUUGGUGCUGAAGAAAAUUGAUUAGUGGUGGAGUGAAGGCUCUGUGGGGAUACACCAGCAUUUUUGAAAAUAUUGCCUAACAAGGGACUGUUGACAAGAUUAUCUGCCUUGUUGCUAUGAAAGUCAGCCACUGCCUCUGAGCUGUAGUCACUGGCCAAUUCCAUUUGCUCAUCCUUAAACUCAUGUAUACAGCAGUGAGAGCACGAACUCAAAAAGGAUUUGGCUCCUGAGCUUCUUCUGAAUGAUGAAUUCUCCAUGCAGUGUGCGAUUCCAUUUCCAGAUCUGCCAGGCCAUUUGGCAUGCUCAGAGUCUUCUUGCCUUGUACCCUGUGGAUCAGUUUUACUCUGGAGGUAACAAAAUAUGGAAGCUUUCUGUGAUCACAUAGUCAAUCAAGCAUUUUUCACACUUUUCUCUGCUGUGUGUUUAAUGGAUUUGGAUAUAAAAUCUAAAGCAGUUCACAGGCUGUGUGGGAUGUAUGGGAAAUCAGUUCAGAAUGAGGUUUUCAUUUCAGUUAAUUUAAUGUUUGCUGUCUGUCAGAUGGACAGAAUGAUGAGUAGUACUACUCGGUAUACAACGAAAGAAUCAGCACAUCCAUCCACCACCCCUGUGGUUAGCCUUCCUUUAAUGUGUUCAUUAAACUGUUAAAUGAUUUCCAAUGGGGAACAUCAUAAAUGAACUAAACUUGGGAGAGAAAAAGAAAGUGAGAAUGCAAAGAAAGUUAGAUUUACAUAGGGAACUUUGGGAUGCACGAUUGGAACUGAUCUCAGUCGUCAUGCUUGCUAGUUGGGCUUGGGACACUUAGGUUUUUGUUUUGUUUCCCCUUAUUUGCUAUGAUGGGACUUCCCAGGCUGAAGGACAGUGUUGAAUGCUGAAAACCUGUAUUGUUGCCAGAUAAAGCCAUGAAAAGUAGUCCAAGCCAAUGCUUUGUUCCUGCCAAGUUAAUUUUUAUUCUUAGAGCAUUUACUUGAGUCAGGACAGGUUUCAGAAUGUUCAUUUAUUCCAGCUUAGGGGCUGGAGGGGUAAAAAUCUUGAGGAAGCUUUUUGUUAGGCUUGCUUCUUAGCAGAAAGCCUUCUAUAGAUGGCUGUGAUCAUGAUUAGAUCCCCCAGUGAUUAUUACUAGGCAUUUAAACACACAAAGGAUUUGUGUGAUUUUAUUGGUUUAGAGGGCUUCUGGUAAGAAAAUUGUCUCUACCAACCAUACUGCAACUCAUCUUUGGCUUAGUAGAUAAAUAGGGGUGCUUUAAUAGUACUGGAGGCAGAGGUAAAAGUGGAAGUUAGGAGUGGGAAGCCAAAAGAAUAUUUGUUCUAGGGUGUUCAUUGGGGGUGGGAGCCACAACUUCUCUCAGAUCCCUUUCUCCCUUGUCUCUCCCUCUUUUUCAUUAUGUAGGGUGGUCCAGAAGUCUUGGUGCAGUUUAAAGUUAUUAUAGAACUUAGUAAAAUAAAUUCUUUUUCACUUGAGAGAACCAAGUAAAAAUCAUUCCUUCAGAAGAUUUAAUGUUUCAAUUUCUCCAGCUCAACUCUAGGCCUGAUUUCAUCAUUGUAUUUUUUUUUUGCUAGUGAAAGCACUGAUCUUUCGAAUAUAGAGUUCAGUUACUAAUUAAUUAUUUUUAGCAAUUCAUUAUGACUUGGUAGAUAAAAACUGAGGAGCUGCUUGAGGCACAGAGAGGUGAAAUCAGAUGAUUAAUAAGCAUUUAUUAAGCACCUUCUAUGUGUCAAGCACUGUGUUAGGCUAUGGAGACAUGAAGAAAGGCAAAAGACAGUCUUCUCUCAAAGAGCUCACAGUCUAAUGGAAGAGACAACAUUCAAAAAACCAAGUGCAAAAAAGAUAUUUACAGGAUUAAAGGGAAAUAAUUAGCCCAGAAAACUCACUCAAAUUAAGGGGCUCUUGGGAAGGAUUUGUCCAGCCUUGCCAGUUCAAUGACUUGCUUGGGGUGAAGGAGCUAACAGGUGUCAAGAGGUAGAAUGGGAAACUACAACUCCCUGCCUCCAAACCUAGUGCUCUAUUCGUAUACCAUGUUCCCUCCAUUGGGCAGCUGAAAUAUGGAACCAUACUGUAUUUUAAUUCAGCUAUAAUGAUGUUUUUCAUUUCCUAACCUGGAUAGUACAGACCCUUGUUGGCAAAGACAUGGCACAUAGAGCCUGCACUCUGGGAGAUAAUCCAUUCCUCCUCUUCCCAGCGCCCAAGGACAAUUUUUUUUGCAAGCCCCACCCCUCUGUCCAGUGGUCCAAAGCAAGCACUUUCUCCUCAGCUCUCUCUGGUUAUGUGGGGGCUCACAGACACCUUGAAUUUGCCCUCUGGGCACUUGAACUCUUUAAAGGUUUGCUAAUUCUGGUAGAGACACUUCCGAGCCAUACUGUUGCUUCCAUUAAUUGUUUUUUUUUCUCUUUACCUGUCAGAAAUGGCUUUUCUUUCUGUUGUUGUCAUCUUGGAUGUCUUAUAGUCAAUGUGUAUGCACCAUACGAGUUUUAUUUUCUUCCAUGAAUUAUGUCAUUUUCAAAAUAAGGCCACACUCAGUAAUUUGAUUGGAAAGUAUAUUCACAUUCUCCCGUGGGGAAAGAUGUGUGGAGGGCAAGAGAAAUUAUUAAGUAUAUCAGCUGUGUUUGCUUCUUCCUGCACAACAUAUUUUACAAGUUAGUGCUUCAAAGACUCCAUAAGCUUGUUUUCUUAGAAAUUAAAAAGAGAAAUUACAUUGGCUCGACUUCCAGCGUUGAAACCUAUUCAACUGGCUUUCCUUAAAGAAGCAUGUCGCUUUCAAGUGAGGAAUCGAAUCCACUGGGAAGCAUCCCAAAGCUUUUAUCCAGGAUAUGACGCACGAAGUGUGAUAUGAUAGUCUUAUUUUCAUGUUGUCUAAAGCACACCGUUGACAUGGAGUCAAGGCAAUUAAUGAUGCACGUUUACACAGAGAUGAAAAGUUUCCACCUUCAAGUGAUAUGUAAAAUGUUUAUAUAAAUAUAAAUAUACCAAGUAUAAGUGCAGCAGUGAAGAUACAAAAGCAAAAUCUAGAUCCUUGCCUGUCCUCAAAGAGCUCACAUUCUAAUGGAGGAAACAAGAUGAAAUCAACUCUGUACAAACAAGUGACGUACAGAGCAUGAUGGAAGGUAACCUACGACUUCCUGGACCACAACUCCCUUCCUUGGCCACUACUCCCCAAUAGGUGCUGUCUCCACCCACCAGAAUGUAAUCUCCUUGAAAGUAGGGAUGAUAUAUCACUUUUGUCUUUGUAUUCUCAUCACUUAUCACAGUGUUUGACACAUAGGAAGUAUUUAAUAAGUGUUUUUCAUUCACCUCCCACACAGGGCUAUUAUUAUUGUUAAUUAUGAAUAUUAUUAGAGCUGUGGACAAAUUACUUGGCUUUUGGUAGCCUACAGGAUUACUGCUACUUAGCAUAACUAAUUCUACCCUCCAGGUCAGCUAGGCUCAGUAUUUCUAUCAUAUGACUUGAGUCCUUAAGACUGAGCUUCUGGAAGCUUGGUUGCAGUUUACCUAAUUCAAAUUUAUUUUGAAUAUGGUAAUUAAACUCACAGUUGAUGCCAUGUGGGCAAUUAGUGAGCUACAAAUAGUUGUCACGAGAUGCUCCCACAUAGGCUUUUGCUGCCAAGGGACAGUUUUGGAGUUGCGCUUAAGCAUGUGUGGAAUAGAUUCUCUCUGCUGAGCUAAACUAAUUAUGGUAAUCCAUUUUAUCCCUGUAGGAUGCUUAUCAUGGUGAAACCAAAGGUCCUAAGUUCAAAUCCCAGUGCUUCCACUAAGAAGGCAGUAAGCACAGCUCAGAACAAUUGAUGACAGCAGCAGCCCCCAGAAUGGCUCCUCUUAAUUGCAGCAGUAGCAGUAGCAGUAAAGUUCAAAGUAAUACCAUAUCAUGUGUUUCAAGGACACCGAGUACAAAGAGGCUCAAGUUUGCUUAAGAUCACAAAGGGAAUUGAAUAGUUCUAUAGACAUUGUGAUGAACUACUCAUUACCAGGAGGAAGAAGCUUCCUGGAAAGCAGUUGUUUGGGGAAUAUCUGGGAAAUGAGCAAGUCCUCUGUAGCCAACCAAGAAUGGUUCAAGUCACAUUAGUGCUGCUUCAGGAACUGUGCUUCCCUUAAGCACAACACAUUGUUGCCACUCGAGUGACAUAGACUUCUGGUAACAUGGUGCCACUGAUUGGUAGAUUGAUCAAUAUGAAGCUUUUAAGGCCUAGGGUCAAGAACUAAGAAGGUGAUCGUAGGUGCUAUCUAUUUGUCCUCUUCAGACACUACCCGGAAUAUUAUGUUUAGUUCCACGCACCACAUUUUGGGAAAGAACAUUGACAAACUAGAGAGCAUCCAGAAUCAGAUCAGAAUUCUGCAUGGCCUUAUGGAAGCAACAGAUGUAAACAAGACAAAAUAUACAGUUGUGUAAAUAGAUACACUCAGGCUGACCAAGUCAAGAGGAGCCUGAAUUAAUACUAUUUUGACGGAGGCCUCCAUGAGCUUGGACAAUUAUUGUCCAAAGAGGACAUUAUUGUGAGAUUAACUACAGAGAAAACUAGAGUAGAGUUGGUCUUGGGCAACUCCUAAGUCUCCAAGGAUUACAUAUUCUUCAAAAAAACACCGGUCAUCCUGUCCCCAUGAGCCUCAGUAUCACACUGUAAAUGAAUGGGCUAAAGGAACUAGGAUUGUCUUACUUGGAGAAGAUAACAUUCUGGAGUUACAUUUGACUGUUGCUUUCCAAUGUUUGAAGGGCUAUCCUGUGGAUAAGAGAUUGGGAUUUUUCUGCUUGGUUCCUCACUUCUCUGAGAUUGUGAUUUUUAAUAGAUUUGAAUCUAUUUUUUUCCUUUCCCCUAAUCAGUUAAAAAAACACCUUCAAUGGAUUUGAGGCAGAUUUGGUCCUUGGGUCCACUUUUCUUUUUUUAGUAUCAUCAGGAAUGUGUCUUCUUCAAUCUUUGGCUUUAAUAAUACCUUUAGGCUGCCUGUGCCUGGCUCUCUUUCCCCCUGUGUCUAGGACAUAUGGUCUUUAUGAGGAAGAGAAAUUUGUUGUCAGAGUAGUAACUAUGAAGGAGUUGGGGAUUAUCCAUGUUGUUCCUCCUUUCAUUACUAGGGAUAAUUGGUAACUUUAUAGGUGUCAUCGUAGAUCCAUGUAUACCUUUUCAGCAUUUUGCUUCUGUGCCUCUCCUUAGCCCAGUCUGGUCCCUGUCAUGCAUCAAAUGUGUUCCUCUUCUUAGAAAUGCAGCUCAAGUGAUGGGGCCUAGUGGAAGCCUUCUCUUGGUCACCCUAGUUGUUAGUGUACUCCGCAUUCUCAAAUUACCUUCAGUUUACUUUUCUGGGUGUGUCUUGUAUGUCUUUCUACUCAACACAUUGCAAUUAAGCUUUAUGAGGGCAGGGGCUAUUUCAGAAGUUUGGGCAUCAUUUAGAUGGCUUUGGGUGAGAUCUAUAAUUUGCUUUGCAAGUAUUUAACUUCUCAGGGGGUAGCUAAACUCUGCAAAGAAAACUCAGUUUAAACCUUGAUUAUUUGAGGAUGGAAAUUAUGUUGGUCAUGCAUACAAAUAUAUGGAGUUAGUCUUAGGGAGAUCCUGUUAAAUCUCAGUAGGAAGGGUGGCAUGUGGCUCUUCAAAUACAAGCUUUUCCCCCAUCUCAUGAAACGUAUUUCUUAAGAAGUGUUGGUUAAAUUGGCAAUUUUUCAUUAGCUUCAGCCUGAAAGGGCUCCUGUUAAAUAGAUCGUUUGACAUCCGUUAUGUGGAUACUAGUGGAGAUUAGAGUUGAUUGAAACAAGGUCCUUUCCAUUAAUGCAUUGAAACCAGUUUAUUUGAGUGAUAGAAAUAGGACUUUGUGCAAAAUGAGAUAACUACAGUUUCUCACUCAAGAUUUCCUUUCCAUUCACAUACAUAGAGUGAAUUUCAUAGGAUUCAGAACUGAAGGGUCCUCAGAAGCUAACAUAACUCUUUCAUGUUACAAAGGGGGAAACUGAGGCAUAGGGUGCAACGAUAAUAAGCCUCCUAGAGGCAGAAUUUAAGAAGAUUCACCUAAGGGAGCCACUCGCACUGCGUCUCUUAAGGAGCAGAUUGUGGAACAAUAAAAGGACAAUGAGGACUGGUUUCCAACGCCAACUCUACUGUUUUCUACUUAUGUGAAAAUAUGGGCAGUUUUCCUCCUUGAGAAAUGAAGGGGACGUAGCCUCAUUAGACUUGUAAUUUCUCAUGGCAUUUCUCACAGCAGGAAAUCUGUAGCAAAGUCGAGACAACUGAGUUGCCUUGUUAAUAGCAGAUGGGGGCGCAAAGGUGGGGCCCAGUGCUGAACCUAGUCUCCUUCCUGUCUCAAGACCCGGAAGUGUUCCAAGCUUUAGCGACCACCAUUUGGCGGAGGAGUACGGCUGUAUACGGAGAUGCGCCCUGAUCUUGGUCGCCCGGCUGGCCGGAGCCGCUUCACAGCUAUUGUGCGUUCUCGCCAAGGUCGGUAUCUCCCUCAGCGCUCUCCUCAGGACUCCAUUAGGAGGAGACCAGCUAUAGAGAUAGUCUCUCAGUUAAUUCAGCUACUCAAUGCAGGUCCUCUGCAUGUUAGGCCUUUACGAGGCCUUCAAGGGGCGAUACUCGGUUUUGAUGGGGGAAGAGGCAGCGUACUUGUGGAGAACCAGCCUUUAUAUGAUGGCUUCCACCAGCGCCCAGUUCUUCGCCGACGCCCUGUCGUUACCCCUGGAGGCGGUGAAGAUCCGUCUGAAGAAGGACCCCGGCUACGCCGGCUCCCUGAGAGAAGCUAUUCCGCGCAUGUUCGCAGAAGAAGGCCUCGGGGCCUUCUACAAAGGCGUGCUGCCGCUGUGGGCCCACCAGAUGCCGUACACCAUGAUGAAGUUCGUGGCCUUCGAGAGGGCGAUCGAGGCAUUAUACCUCCGCGCCAUGCCGAAGCCGCAGAACCGAUGCAGCAGCGCCGAGCAAUUAACCGUUACCUUUUCGGCGGGCUAUGUGGCAGGCGUCUUCUGCGCAAUCGUUUACCAGCCAGCCGACAAAAUCCUGACCGCGCUGAAUGAGGAGAAGGGGACCAGGACCCUGGCAGUGUUGCAGCGCUUGGGCUUCUGGGGCCUCUGGAGGGGCUCAGCCUCCCGCAUCCUCAUGGUUGGCGCCGUCACAGCACUCCAGUGGUUCACCUACGAUGCAGUUAAGAUGUACUUCAGGAUUCCGCCUUCGCCAGUACCCAGCAUGCCAGAGUCCCUGCGGAUCAAGUUGAACCAGUGAUGUGGAAAAGUUCCCUUCUACCUGAUGUUGCUGAUGACCCUCCCCAAGAAGUCCCUGAUUGGAUCGGUGUAACAAGUCAGAAACGAAAUAAGAAAACAACUUUCGGACCUUUUCAAACUAUAAGGGACACUAUUUACCAAAUGCUACUUUACUCAGCAUCAUGGACAUCUGCACAUCAGGAGAUCAUAACCACCUCUCUAUUUCAACGAAAAUCCUUUCCCAGUUCAAAAAAUGUUUCCUGUUAAGUAGAAAAAUUUUGUAGGAAAAUAUUGUAUUGCCCUUUUAAUGAGUGAUUAAUUUAGACUGUAUUUAAAAUGUAUAAAACUGAGGCCAAUUGUCUAGUCAUUGCUUUUGUCAAGAUAUUGUCUCGAUAUCAAGAUUCCUCUCGUACAAUUGUGGAUUUCUACAAACCAAGAAAAUCCGUUUGUUUGAAAAAGAGUCUAGUCUAGUGUUGGAAUGCCAAAAUGACUCACUCAUGAUAAGUUUUCACAGUUAUGUUAAGCACAUUAUACAUUAGUAAUAUAGUAGUAGAUCAACUUUUGCCUGAAAUGUUAAGGUGGCCCAAACCCAAAGCUUAAUAUAUGUGUUCUGAAUUUUCUAUAGGCACAUUUAAAGUGUUUUCAGUAAAAAUAAAGUUGUUGACAAGCAUUAAAACCAGGUUUCUUUCCAUAUGAUGGUUGCAUCUCAACAAAAAAUGUAAAAAGUUAUUGCCUUUUUGCUGGUGUUGGUAGAGGUGGUGGUGCUGGUGGGAGGUCUAUUUGUCUAGCCUUUUUGAAGAACAUGUUCUAUAAUUUUUCACCAUUCUCAACCUAUCCCAUCUCUUAAGGGAAGAUCAGCUAAUAUUUCAUAGACUGCAUCAAAGAUUUCUAGUGUAUUUGCUUUUGUUUUGUAAAAGGAAAAACACAGUGACCUAAGUGGAUCUCGUAGUUGUCUCCAGAAUGAAUGCAUUAAACUGAAUAAACUAAAGAUAACUUAAAUGGA